CAGAUGGGGGCUUCCUGCGUGAGAACAAUGUGUUUGACUUUUGAAUUUUCUCUCCUCUCUCUUCUCCCAUAUACCUGUAAUACAAGAAGUUAUGUAAUCCCAUUCUUCUUCAAAACCCGAAGCAGCCCAGACGAAAAUAUUGCACCAUCUCUCUCAAAAAUUUCGCUUAUAUUGAAACCAAGUCUUGACACUACAGUUACUGAUACUACUUGCUAUAUAUUAUCUGCUUUGUAUUGUAUAGUUUCUGCGUAUGUUGCGCAUACGUUCAUUCUGCUAUUGCUGAGUUUGAAGUAGUGCACAGAGAACAUUGUCGGGCUUGAAUACAAUUUCUGUUGUUUGUGUGUAUUAGUGUUUUUGUACAUGUUGGCUGAGGCUAGAUUCUGGGUUUUCUUCUGCCUUUAUAUUAUCUUGAGCUCUGCUGUGGUUGGGUGUUGGGCAGUCCCAAAUCAUACUAAAUUUGGUUGUUCCUGAUUGGUUUGAUUCUGAUCUGUUGAAAGGAUCUACGAUCUUCGGGUCAUGGCCUGGCAACAGCGUCCACUUUUGAUUCCUUCUCCAAGAAGUCCAGGAGUUGCAGAGCUUCCUUACACACCUGUUUUUAUUGACCAAUUGAAAGAAACAAAGUCUGUAUCACAUAUCACCGUAUCACCUUUUGCUAUGGAUUCAAACACCCGUGCUGAGACUUCCACAUUCCCCGAUUCCUUCCGCAGCUUGUCUAGAAGAACUAUGUCUUGGAAUAGGUCUAGGGGCUCUAGGGCAAGUUCUAUUAGGGAAGAUAAUUCCGGAGGGUUAGGAUUAAGGGGCGCGAGACAUGGAUCACAUGGUGCUGGUUCAGAGGGGUUUAGCUCAUCUCUGAAGGAUAUUAGUGAUGCGGACGCCAGAUUGGUAUAUAUAAAUGAUCCUGCCAAGACUAAUGAAAAUUUCAAAUUCGCUAGUAAUUCAAUUAAGACAGGAAAAUAUUCCAUCAUUACCUUCAUACCUCGAAACCUCUUUGAACAAUUCCGUAGAGUUGCAUAUAUUUAUUUUCUUGUGAUUGCUAUCCUUAAUCAAUUGCCCCAGCUGGCAGUUUUUGGUCGGGAAGCUUCUAUUAUUCCACUAGCUUUUGUAUUAUUAGUCACAGCAGUUAAAGAUGCCUAUGAAGACUAUAGGAGACAUAGGUCUGAUAAGGUUGAGAACCAUCGAUUGGCUUCGGCUUUGAUUAAUGGUCAAUAUGAACAAAAAAAAUGGAAAGAUGUAAGGGUAGGAGAAAUCAUCAAAAUCUCUUCAAACGAACCUAUCCCGUGUGACAUGGUGCUGCUCUCUACUAGUGAUACUACUGGAGUUGCAUAUAUUGAGACAAUUAAUUUGGAUGGAGAAUCAAAUUUGAAGACACGGUAUGCUAAACAGGAGACCCAAAUGAGAAAUCCAGAAAAGGAGAAUGUAUGUGGAUUGAUCAAGUGUGAGAAACCCAAUAGAAACAUUUAUGGAUUUCAUGCAAACAUGGAGAUAGAGGGAAAACUUGUUCCACUUGGACCUUCCAAUAUUAUUCUACGUGGUUGUGAACUCAAGAAUACUGCUUGGGCAAUUGGGGUUGCAGUAUAUGCUGGAAGUGAGACAAAGGCUAUGCUGAAUAACUCUGGAGCUCCAUCAAAGAGGAGCCGUCUUGAGACUCGUAUGAACUGUGAGAUAAUUUUCCUCUCAUUUUUCCUUGUUGCUUUGUGUACAGUAGUCACUAUUUGUGCUGGUGUUUGGCUGAGGCAUCACAAGGAUGAUCUAGACAUGAUCCCAUUCUUUCGGGAAAAAAACUAUUCAAAGCGCGAAGUUAAGAACUACAAUUAUUAUGGUUGGGGAGCAGAAAUAGUAUUCACGUUUCUCAAGUGUGUUAUUGUCUACCAAGUCAUGAUCCCUAUAUCAUUAUACAUAUCCAUGGAGCUUGUUCGUAUUGGUCAGGCUUAUUUUAUGAUUCAAGAUUCCCAGAUGCUUGAUGAAGCCUCAAACUCAAGAUUCCAAUGUAGGGCGCUUAAUAUAAAUGAAGAUUUGGGACAAGUGAAAUACGUUUUCUCUGAUAAAACUGGUACAUUAACUGAGAACAAGAUGGAAUUUCAAUGUGCAAGCAUUUGGGGAGUAGAUUAUGGUAGCACUGGCAGCAGAAUGUCCAGUCUUGUAGAUGAUCAAGAAGCAUACAACAUUCAAGAGGAUGGGCAUGUUUUAAGGCCCAAGAUGAACGUAAAGGUGGACGAAGAGCUUAUUAGAUUAUUGAAAGUUGGAAAACAUACGGAUGAAGAAAACCAUGUUCAUGAUUUCUUCCUAGCAUUGGCUGCUUGCAACACUAUUGUUCCUCUUACUACGGAUUCACCCAAUCCUGCAGUAAAAUGGAUUGAAUAUCAAGGAGAGUCUCCGGAUGAGCAGGCAUUGGUGUAUGCAGCAGCAGCGUAUGGUUUCAUGCUUAUUGAACGAACAUCUGGCCAUAUUGUUAUUGAUAUCCAAGGAGAAAAACAAAGAUUCGAUGUUUUGGGUUUGCAUGAGUUUGACAGUGAUAGGAAGAGGAUGUCAGUAAUGUUAGGUUGCCCUGAUAAAACAAUAAAGCUCUUUGUUAAAGGUGCUGAUACAACCAUGUUUAGUGUAAUCAAUGCCUCGUUGAACUUGGACAUAGUUCGUGCAACUGAAUCACAUCUCCAUUCUUAUUCGUCAAUGGGUUUAAGAACUCUUGUGGUGGGAAUGAGAGAAUUGAGUAUUUCUGAAUUUCAACGAUGGCAGACUUCUUAUGAGGCCGCAAGUACUGCUGUAAUUGGGAGGGCUGCUUUACUUUGUAAAGUUGCUACUGAUAUUGAAAGCAAUCUUGGCAUACUAGGAGCUUCAGGAAUAGAAGAUAAACUGCAACAAGGUGUCCCAGAAGCGAUCGAGUCUUUGAGAUUAGCUGGCAUUAAAGUUUGGGUUUUGACGGGGGACAAGCAAGAAACAGCAAUUUCAAUUGGCUACUCGUCUAGGCUUAUAACGAGUACAAUGACACAUAUUACGGUUCAAUGCAACUCUAAGGAUUCAUGCAAGAGGACUUUGGAUGAUGCAAUGAGUUUAACUAAGAAGAUUAUGGCACAUACUUCUGAAACAAAAUUUGUAGCUAAUGCCAAUUCAGUUGCAUUGAUCAUUGACGGAACGAGCCUUGUGUAUAUCCUUGACAGUGAUCUUGAAGAGCAGUUGUUCCAACUAGCUAGCAACUGUACUGUGGUACUGUGCUGUCGAGUAGCUCCUCUGCAAAAAGCUGGCAUUGUUGCUCUCAUUAAAAACCGAACAGAUGAGAUGACCCUUGCAAUCGGAGAUGGUGCAAAUGAUGUUUCAAUGAUCCAAACUGCUGAUGUGGGGAUAGGUAUCAAUGGCCAAGAAGGUCGUCAAGCUGUCAUGGCUUCAGAUUUUGUGAUGGGCCAGUUCAGAUUUUUGGUUCCGCUUUUAUUGGUUCAUGGACAUUGGAACUACCAGCGAUUGGGCUACAUGAUAUUAUACAACUUUUACAGGAAUGCUCUGUUGGUUUUUGUCCUGUUCUGGUAUGCACUCUUUACGGCUUUCACUUUGACUACUGCCAUCACUGACUGGAGUAGUGUUCUGUACUCAAUAAUCUACACCUCUCUCCCUACAGUUGUUGUUGGAAUUCUUGAAAAGGAUUUAGGCAGAAUGACUCUUAUGAAGUGCCCUCAACUUUAUGGAGCUGGACAGAGAGAAGAAGGCUACAACCGGAAAUUGUUUUGGCUGACAAUGACGGACACUAUAUGGCAAAGUGCAGUUUCAUUUUUUGUGCCUCUUCUUGCAUACAGGAAAAAUGAUAUUGAUAUGUCAAGCAUUGGCGAUCUUUGGACACUUGCAGUGGUUAUUUUGGUCAACCUACAUUUAGCCAUGGAUGUAAUUCAUUGGAAUUGGAUUACCCAUGUUGCCAUUUGGGGAUCUAUUAUAGCAACUGUUAUCUGUGUCAUUAUCAUUGAUGCAUUGCCUUUUCUUCCUGGUUAUUGGGCCAUCUUCCACAUUGCAGGAGACGCGCCGUUUUGGUUGUGCUUGGCUAGUAUCAUUGUAGCCGCUUUAAUUCCCCGAUUCAUGUUAAAAGCAUUUGUUCAGUACCUCUUUCCUAGUGACAUUCAGAUUGCAAGAGAGAAAGAGAAGUUUGGUGACAGGACGCAGUCUCAAGAGGCAGAAAUGGAAAUGAACACUGUUGUUGAUUCUCCUCAGAGAUGAGCUUCCCUUCUUUCCCACGUCUUUUAAUGUUUGUCAAUCUUUAUGUUGCCACUACAUGCUGCCAGUUUAUGUAUAUGAUUUGCAUCACAUGUAUAUUGGGCAGUGUGUGAUAAAGAAUUUAGUGAAUUUUUUUUUAUUAUUUUAAUAUAGGUACAAUUAAAAUACAGUUAGUCGA